GAGAGACUCUGACAGUCGAGAGCCAGAGACCGAGACAGAAGCACGAUGUCUGAAUUCAGAAGGAUCGUGAUGUCUUCAUUCCUGAUGCUGCUGCUCCACUUUACAGCUGCAGAUGUGAAAGAUUUCUCCAUCAGAGCUGGAGUUGAAGUCACUUUGCCUUGUGACAAUGUGAUACAUGAUCAGGAUGAGUGUAAGAGUACUAGCUGGUUCUUCACUGAUACAAGAGUUUCAGUGACGCUGUUUGAAAAAGGGCAGAUUCACAAAGGAGCCAAAGCUAAAUCAGACAGACUGAGAGUUACAGAGAAUUGUUCUCUGGUUAUAAAGAAGGUCACAGAGGAGGAUGCUGGUCUUUACACCUGCAGACAGUUCAGAUCAGGAAAACAAGAAGGUCAAGACUCUGUGUUUCUUCUGUCUGUUGUUACCAUUUUGUUGAUCUGUUUAGGUGAGGACAAAAAAACAGCAACGGCAACAACAACAACAACAACAGCAGCUAAAAACAACAUUAACUCAGGUGAGGAUGCAGGGAAGGUGACUACAAAGUCAACAACAUGGACAACAGUGAACAUGAGAGCAGCCGGAGAGACGACCAACACUGCAUCUGACAACAAUCAAACAGAACAAGAGGACAACAAUAAAGGUCGCUUGAGGCUCAUCAUCGUGUCUGUGGGUUUAGCGGCUCUCAUCAUCACCGUGGUUACAGUCAACAUAUGGACAAGAACUAAAGGGAGCAAAGCACAGACGGAAGAAAACAUGGAGCAGAAUGAAGAAGAUGAGGCAGACUAUGUAAACGAUGGAGGGGCUUCUGCCUCUGUGUGACUGAUCAACAACAUCAACUCCCCUCAGAGUCCACUGCUGUCAAACAUCACCUCCUCAUAUGUUACAGGAGAAAACAGGAGAACCAUGAGAUCAUUGGAACAUUUCUGAUGACUGAGAACACCUGAGCCCCACGAGAGGCCCUUCAGAAACUCACCUCCAUAUGAUAGGAAACACAGCUUAUUAUAUUCAUUCAUUUCUGAUUUAACGUCCUUUAAGUAUGCUCUCACAUUCCCAUACAUAGUUAUACCAGUGGCGAGCCGUGACUUUUAUACCUAGGCCCUCUGACCCCCCUUCCCUCGAAAAAAAGAAGAGAUAUUACGUCACAGCCAUAGACUGUAUAUAUAAACACACACACACACAGUCACAGG